AUGGGUCACCGACUAGCCUCCGUUUACCGUUUACAUUUUCAUUGGCUGCAGGUCGGGACGCUGGCCGAGGCCAGCGUCGCCGCGUCCUCGUCAUCGGCGGCCUUGUCCUCGUCCUCCACCACCAGCAGCGCGGGCUCCCGCCUCGUGUCCAAGGGCGCGUCCUUCUCGGGCAUCACGCGGCCGUGCCGGCGCCUCACGGGGACGCUCUACGGCCACCACCGGGGCCGCAUCGUGCUGGCGCUGCAGGAGACGCCGCGAUGCCUGCCCAGCCUCGUCGUCGAGCUUGCGCUCCAGACGCACGCACUGCUCCGCGAGAUCGGCAACCCGGCUGGCGCAUGCAUCGUCCUGGAGACGGAGCGCCGCCCGGCAGUGGCCCCGGACGCCAAGGGUGGCGGGAGCCAGAAGCGGGGAGGAGGACCUCGCGCGCCGCUGCUGCUGGACGGGCCGGCCUGGACCAUGUUCUGCAACGGCAAGAAGACAAGGGCAGGCGUGCGUGCAUUUGCAUGGGCAUGGCCACACACAUGCAAGAUUGAUUAA